AUGAAUAUGAAUUAAACAAAAUUGGAUUGCUAUAAUAAAACUCAAACAGCAGGAAGUGUAGCUAAAGGAGCAAAUACUUUUGUUUCUGGAACAUUAAUGUCAAAUUGGCAUGAAGAAGCAUAAUUAAAAGAGGAUACUGGUUUUGGAAGAGCCCCUGUUCCUUAACAUAUAAAAAAGAAGCAUGCUGAUUUGAUGUUAAAACCUCCCGAAGAAAUUUCUCUUUAUAAAGAACAAGUAAAUUAGCUAGAUACAACAACUCGUUUAUUUGGUAAAAUAUAACCUGAUAUUCCAAAACCAGCUUCCUAAAAGUAAUAAUUAUAUAUAUAAAAAGCGUUGGAGGCAAUAUAAAUAGGGCUGAUUUAAUACCUAAAGUUGGAAAGAAAGCCUAAUUAAUAGAAUAAUAAUAUUUAUAAUAAAUUUAGACAGAAUUAGACUCUCGUGAGGCAGACAGUUUCAGUUAAACAUAAUAGAGAUAUUUUGAAACAACAUGCAAAUAGGAAUUCACUUAGGUAAGGGUAAAUACUUAUGUAUUAGAAACCAAUAGAAAAUAAUACAAUAGGAAGAAGAGUUAUGAGAACAUAAAAUGGAACUGCAAUAGAUGGAGACAAAAAAGAUGUUGAUUUAUUAAGCGACAUGGGAUUUUAUUAAAAGUAUCACUUAAAAAACUACUUUAUGAUAGACCUCAAUUGUCAACUGAUUAAUAAUUGGCAUCUGUUUUACCAUAAGAAUCAUAUUUAACAGCAAAACCUAUAACAUUUUAUUCUGAGAAAUAAGGAUAGGGAAUAAUUUACCAAUCAAAACCUGUAAAUGAAGUUAGACCAUUUCAUAAAACUGAUGAAUUUGUUAAAACAUUUCAUCACUUCACUCAUGUCAAGAAUUGAGAUAAAAAUUGAAUAGCUAAUUAUGCAAAAC